UUGUUUCCGGGCCGAGCUGCGGAGCGGAGCGCGGCCGAGCAGCGGCCAUGGACGAGGACGGGCUGCCCAUCGUGGGCUCCGGCAUUGACCUCACCAAGGUUCCUGCUAUUCAGCAGAAAAGAACUGUAGCAUUUCUAAACCAGUUUGUGGUUCACACAGUGCAGUUCCUCAACCGCUUUUCUACUGUUUGUGAAGAGAAAUUGUCAGCACUCUCUCUCCGUAUCCAGCAAAUUGAAACCACACUCAAUAUUCUGGAUGCAAAGUUAUCCUCAAUUCCUGGCCUAGAAGAUGUCAAAUUUGAAGUGUCCAGUGCAAAUGUGAACAGUGUUACAAAUGGUCCCGUGCCGCAGGCUGCUACAGAUCAACAGACAGCUGGAUCACCUCAGUCUGGAAGCAAUACACAAGAAGAAGGGUUGCAGAAAACAGAGGUAGUAACAGAGAAUGUCACAACUGUGGCCAAGGAUCCAAGAUAUGCCAGAUAUCUCAAAAUGGUACAAGUGGGUGUUCCUGUAAUGGCAAUACGAAACAAAAUGAUUUCUGAGGGGCUAAAUCCAGAUCUUCUCGAGACCCCAGAUGCCCCUGUGCCUGCCUGGGGAGACGAUGGCAAAGUAGAAGACAGUUCUGAUAGUGAAUCUUCAUUCAGUGACUGAAGAGACUGAUUCCAGCCUUUGGAAGCCUUUGUUAAGUUCUCUUGUGUUUGGAGCUUUGGCAGACAAUGGUUUUAUCUGAUGGUGUUUUUAAGAUCUAAGAUCCUCUGUGUUCGCUUCUGGAAAGUUUGAACAGGCAGCGUGUUUUAACCUGAGCCCUUCCCCCAUGAAAAUUAAUCAAGAGAUCCUUGCAGUUUUUACACCGCAUCAUAUCAGAUUCAUUUCUGAUUCUGCUGAAAUUACUUUGUAAGGCUCUAAGAAUUCCACACUUCUAAACCUCCAUGUCUCUAAAACUGCAUUCUAGUCAUUGUUAGAUUUUCUGUGUAACACACUUAACCUACAUUGCCUUCUUUCUGCCCUAUAACUUAAAGGUAAAUUAACUUUGGAAAAUGAAAGCGCUUCAUUGAUGAACUACUUUUUUCUCAAUAUCCUAUAUCUGCAAUGAUGCAACAGGAAUUACAGAUAAGUCAACUCUCUUAUGAUGAUUGCAAAACAGUGAUACUCAGAUUUGAAAAAAACUAAAAUACAAGUAAAAAAUAUGUCAAAACCCAUUUUUAAUCUAUUCAAUGCCACAUUAGAGUCUCUAUGAAGCUGUUAAAGGAGCUCCUGCUUUUGAAGGGUUGAUUUAUCAGGUUGAGGUUGUGGUGUUGUAGAAAGGUACAAAUGUGGCAAGUUUGGUUUGAAAAGGACACUGAGAAAAAAGCAAGGGACUGGGAGAUCAUUAAUGGAAUCUCACUACUUGUUCAAUGGUAUGUGGGUCAGUUGAAAUAAUUUUCUGACUUCAUUGGCAUUACUCAAAAGAAGCUGUGGCUGAGCAGUUUGCUUAGAAUGAGUAAUCACCUCCAAGUUGGUGCCUUUGCUGAUUAUUUCAACAAAGAAGCUAAAAUUCAGUUUGUAUAAGGAUAAAACUACCUUGGCACCUCUUGAGGCGUGUGUUGAGGAGCAAUAUAAAGAAGUGCCUGAUGUGCCCUGAAGAUUCUCCUCAAAAUUACUUGAUGUACUCCAUGACUCAGAAAUGAUAUUUCAUUAAAGAAUCUUCUUUAAUACAAUUUGUUCCACAUGAAAUCCUUUGCAAUCUGUUUGAAUUCCCCAGAUUGUUGUGAUUAUACCAGAAUGCUGUGUGCCAGGCAGUCAUUAACUUUCUGGUAUUUCACAUUCUUGUUGCAACCAAGAGAAGAGUGAAACUGAAGUUCCAAGUAUUAGCUUUUAUGACUGAGUCAAUACCUUCUCUCCUAGUUAUUUGUGCCACUUCAGUAGGUUACCUGUUUGUUUUUUUUCUCUAACUUAAGCAUGGCUUCCAUUUCAGCCUAGCAGACAUAUUUAUGCUCUCCAUAACCUGUAAAUCAGAGUAAUGUCUGAGUCCCUACAAAGGCAUACAUGCACUAGAGAAUGUCUAGAGAUGGUGUUUCAAUGAUGGAUUACUACUGAACACUUAAAAAUUUAUUUAAUAGUUAACACUUGGUAAAACAAAAAAGUAUUACCAUAUUAGCAAUAAGUAUUUCAAAUGUAAAUGUGAUAAUGUUAUUUCACAAUGUAUAUAUUUAAUCACUCACGACUUUUUAAAAUCUGUAUUUGAAAACUCAUUUAAGCAGUCUGUAUACUAAAAGCUAUCCUUUGUAAACCAAAGUUGUGGUUUUGUUUUAUUCCUAUAUCUUGUUCUAAACAAGACAAUGGAAAUUCUUCCAAAGUCUCUGCAAUUCAUGUUUCUCCAAAACUAACUUUGCUGAAGUUGUAUCAACCUGCUAGCUUAAGGGGUGAAUUUUGGGAAUUGGAGUUUGGAGUUAAAGUUAACCCAUGGUGGCACUCUGAUUACAGGAGAACUGAAUAUCCCAUAGCCACUGUUCUAAAAAGAAAAUUUAAGGAAGAUUGAAAUUAAUGAGUAUUUUGUAUUUGUUACUUGCAGA